AUGUGCGACAAUACUUACAACCUUGUUCAGUCCCGUUACGGACACAUCGCCAAGCAAAGUAGCGACGUCCAGCAGCACGACAAGGAAGAGGAAAUUGCUAGGGCGUUUGGCUACAGUGCGGAAGAUCUGAGUUCGCUGCCAGGGAAGACCAAUCUUGGCUUGAGCUGUGGAAAUCCCGUGGGAUUUGCCAAUGUGAAAGAGGGUGAAACAGUUCUAGACCUUGGCAGCGGUAGCGGUAUUGAUGUGCUCCUGGCGGCUCGUAAAGUCGGGCCCAAUGGACAGGCCAUCGGCGUUGAUAUGACAAAAAGCAUGGUUGAACUCGCCGAGAAAAAUAUCCAAGAGGCGGGGAUCUCCAAUGCAACAGUCAUCCAAGCAAAUAUCAACUGCAUACCGCUACAAGACUUCAGUGUCGACUGCAUCAUUAGUAACUGCGUGAUCAAUCUUGUCCCAGCUACCGACAAAGCGGCUGUCUUCAAAGAGAUCGCCCGCCUCCUGAAGCCUGGCGGAAGGGUCGCGAUCAGCGAUAUUCUAGCGAGAAGGCCGCUUCCGGAUCAUAUCACUAACAAUAUGGCGCUAUAUGUUGGGUGUGUUGCUGGUGCUAGUCAGGUUGGGCAGUAUGAGGCGUAUCUGAAGCAGGCUGGAUUCCAAGGCAUGUACACCCGCUAUAAAGAGAGACUUGAUACUAACCUGCCCCUAGACGCGUUUAUUGUCGAUACGAAGUCGGACCUUAAUCUCUAUAAAGGGUCCUCGUAUUUGCCUCAGGGAUCGUGUUGUGGCGGUAGUCCUGGGCAUAAUACGGCUGCGAGUGAUGUUGCAGCGUUGGAUUUUAAUGAGUGGGUCGGUCAGUUACUCUCCUCUAUCCUGACUUAA